UAAGGAAGGCAAGGACGCCGUGCUCGGUCCUUGUCGCUGGAAACCCCUCCCCGCCACAACAGCGCCCGGGUGCCCGUACUAGAGCGCGCGCCGCUGCGAAUCCACUAUCCAGGCGAUGCCUGAGUGAGUGAGAGCGAGAGAGAGAGAGAGAGAGAAGCAGACGCUGCCGCGCGGUCGCACACGGGGCGAUGAACGUGUCCGCGGGAACCGGGGUCUUCGUGCUCUCUCUGCUGUCCAUACCGCUGUCGUACGUGUCUAACCUGGUCAUCUACACGGGCAGCCCUGAGGCGAUUCUCGGCGCGGCGACGUUACUCUUACUUCUCGCCGUCUUACUCUCGCGGAUGUUCGUGCAGAAGAAGGCGCCUAAAGACCCGCUUUUUUACGUUUUUGCAGUGUAUGCCUUCUUAAGUGUAGUGAACUUGAUAAUAGGACUUGAACAGGAUGGCAUUAUAGAUGGAUUCAUGACCUUUUACGUAAAACAGGCAGAUCCGUACAUUAACACGGCCCAUGGACACAUGAUUUCCUAUUGGGACGGCUGCACGCACUAUCUGAUGUAUUUGCUGAUGGUUGCAGCAAUCACCUGGGGGGAGAGUUACAGAGCAAUUGGACUUUACUGGGUUGGAUCCUUACUUAUGCGUGUGAUAGUCUACAUUCCUGGGAAUGUUGUCGGAAAAUACGGGACGCAGCUGAGCCCCACAUUCAUUGGACACUUGCUGUAUGUCGCUGUGUCCGUGUGGACCUGCUUUCGUGUCUUCAGUCAGCCAUCCACGCGGGAGGUGUCGCCUGCGGGCAUCCAGGAAGCCCACAGGAAAAGUCUGGUACAAAGACCUCUGGACUUUCUCUUUGCUAUUUACCUCAUCCCCGCUACUGCUUUUUGCAUCUUCAGAGGUUUGGUUGCGCUGGACUGCCCCAACCAGUGGUGCCGAGAGUACCUGCAGCAUUAUGAGCCAUACCUAAGGGAUCCAUCAGCCUACCCGAAAAUUCAGAUGCUAGUUAAUAUGUUUUACUCGGUUCCAUACUACGUGGUAACGCUUUAUGGCCUGGUUGUUCCGGGCUGUGAAUGGAUGCCUGACCUGGCCCUUGUACACUCCGGAGCAGUGGCACAGGCACAGUUUUCUCACCUGGGUGCUUCCUUUCACACGAGGACACCCUUCGCCUACAGAGCUCCGGAAGACAACAAGACCCUGGUGCUCAUGGUCAAUGCCCUGUAUGGGCUGGUGCCCCAGAUCCUUACCUACCGCUGUGUUAGCAACCCGGCCUUCUUCUUCAAACUCAGCCACGACAAAAAGACUGAGUGAGGACAACCUUAUGCUUCACAAUCCAGGCUCCAGGGCUGGAUCGACUGUUCUGGAAACAUCCUCUCCAAAUAUUAAACAUUCCUUUGGACUUAAAGGAACUGUGACAUCUUACUUUGUGUUUCUGGAGAUAUGUUUUUAUAUUGUAUCUUCUUUAGUGCUUGCCUUUCUUCAAGACUAAUUGUGUACUAAUUGAAUUUGAAUUCAUAUUCCCUCUCAGGCUUUUUAUUGUUUACAUAGGUAGGAAAUCUCAGCAUAGCUGUAUGUUGUAACAAGCAUGGCCUUUGAAAUCCAUAUGACGAUACAUUAUAUUGUGCUUUUAGUAUGCUGCUUUCACCCUGAAUUGUGCAAAAGAGUAGUUUAAAGUAGAUUAGUUACUCUGAGAAUUUGUUUCUUGAGCCCAAACUUUAAAAUGAUAUGGAU